UCGUCUUCGUCAAGUCUUCACGGCCGGAGUUGCGACCUUCAAAUGGAAUCAGCGGCUACAUACCUUUUGCUGCUGUUGGCAGUGGCCAACGUUCAAGCGGCAAGUAUCCAAUACCCGGCCUUGCCUUCCAUUAACUCGCGUUCACAACCCCUGCAACAAUGGAACAGUAAAGAUGAUCAAGGGCGAACAAACUUCGGCUAUGCCUAUUACGACCAGGCAGCCUCUAACGUUCGUAACGCCAAUGGUUACAUGAUUGGCUCUUGGAGUUACCUGAACCCGGAAGGUACGCAGGUUCGUGCUUCCUACACAGCUGACGACAAAGGCUUCAACGUGCUCUUCAGCAAUGAUGGCGUUGCUGCCAGUCCGGUAGCGUACGCGGCUGUCGAAGAAGAGGUCCCUGUUCUUUCCGCUCCUGUUGAUACUCCAGUAGCGUACACCCCUGUUGAAAACUUCCCUGCGAGUUUCAGGAAUGGUGGAGAUCAACCUGCUAUUGCUGAUGAUUCUCUCUGUUUAAGCAAUGAACUCCGUGCAAUGUCCCGAAUGGAUAGUUUAAAUGCCACUUCUAGAAUGACAGCCAGUGAGGAAGCCACUCCGAAUCAAUACCCGUUCUUGGUGGCCCUUGCCUCCGGUGAUGAGGAAGAGGGAAACCUCGACACUUCUUGCGGCGGAUCUUUGAUUACUCCGACCAAAAUCUUGACGGCUGCCCACUGCAUUACUAAAGAGAAAACGGAAACCUUAAUUACGCAUGCCAUCCAUGUGAGAUUCGGAAUGCACACGAUUAAUCCAACAGCCAGUGACUCCCAAGAUAAAAGAAACGUCGUAGACAUGAAAAUUCACGAAGAGUAUAACGGCGAGACUCUUGAGAACGACAUCGCCAUUUUGACCCUGGAUUCGCCUGUGGAAUAUACGGACAAUAUCCAGCCCAUUUGCUUGUCGCCAACGUGUUUGGUUACUGACGGAUUGGAAGCGAUUGGAAUGGGAUGGGGAUACAUCAAAUCUGGAGGGCCAGAUUCAGAAUAUCUACGACACGCUGUCCUUCCAGUUGUUGGCAACAAAGAAUGCCAGGAAAUCUACGGAGAUAAAGAUGAUAUUCGUGACACUAUGCUUUGCGCUUAUGGAGGUGCAAAAGACACUUGUCAGGGUGACAGCGGGGGCCCUCUGGUAGUCGACUAUGGCGAAUCAAAGUCAGAAUGUCGUUUCGUGCAAAUUGGUGUUGUCAACUACGGCGAUGAAUGCGGCGUGACGGAAAAUCCAGGAGUUUACGCCAGAGUUGGGGCAUACUUGGAUUGGAUAGCAGCAAAUAUGUAAAACUGUUGAAACCCUACAAGAUUUUCAACACCUCC